AUGUCUAGUGGUGAUCCAGCGGCCGCCGACACACACGAUCGUUCUGAUGGACAAAAUCAAUGCAUCGUGUGUAACGAACCAAACCAUGCAGAUCGCAAGAUGGUCCAGUGCGACGGAUGCGAUCGCUGGUUCCACUUCAGGUGCGUCGGUGUGAACGACAGCAUCGAAGGAGAGGACCGAAGCUUUAGAUGCACAGCGUGUUCUGUUCCCGAUCCACCAGCCUCUACAGUAUCGACUUCAGCAAGUAUGCGGGAAGCACGCAUACAGUUGGAGGUGCAACGCCUAGCCGAGGAGAAGCGGCUACAGGAGAAGAUGCAAGAAGAGCGAGGAAAGCAGGAGCAAGCUAUUCAGGAGAUGACGUUGCGUUUGGAACGAGAACGGAGAGACAAGGCCAUCAGGGAGAUGUUUGCCUUGGAGAAGGAAUACAUCCAACGAAAGUACGACCUGCUUCAUACCCAAUUGGAUGACGAUGGAGAUGCAGUUAGCGUUCGUAGCCGUUGCAACCGUGGAGCGGAGAAAGUUGAGGAUUGGAUCACCCGUAACCCGGCUGUGACCAUGAGUGCCAAUUCUGGAAACAAACCCACUGGACUCACAUCGCAGCUGAAACCAAUCACGAGUUCUGCCCCAGGAACGGCAACAGCAACUAUUGAAGAAGUAGGCCAAGUGAAUCCACAUUCAGCUUCUGCGGUCACUUCGACGUCGAUGGUUUCGUUUUCGUUGCCGUCACUGACCACUACACAGCCGGUCAGUUUCAUGCCAUCAUACGGGAACUCAUUUCUGCCACAGUCGUCGUUAGCAACCUACACACCACAAGCGCAAGGCAUAUCAUCGGUAACAUCAACAUCGUCGUGCCGGCCCAUCGUAUCGCACACUGCCGCACCGUUUUGUUUACCAGCGAGUGGUAUAUCAUCGAUGUGGCAACCACCAACACACCACUCAACACCAACGAGUUCGUCUAGCGGUCGACGUUCAGCUGAGGUACAAUACGCAAACACACAACCGAUGUGCUCUCAGGUAAAUGCUACUUCAGUUUCGACCCGUAUGAUCAGUAUGAAUCUUGGUGGGAAAGAGAAUGUUUCAUCUGCCAGUCAGCAUGUACAAGCUCCAAUGGGGGUAGGUAGUGGUUAUGGGAUUGCUAAUUUGCCAAAUAUGUACCGAAACUAUGUUCAAAAUCAAUGUGGUGUUCAAUCGAAUGCGUACGCGCCUGCAGUGUCGUUUACGUCCGCGCACCCGGACUUACAACUGGGUCCAAAUGCUCAGCAGCUUGCAGCUCGUCAUGUGGUCCCAAAAGAGCUUCCAGUGUUCGGAGGCAAUCCUGCGGAAUGGCCCCUGUUUUGGAGUAGCUACAAUACUUCAACGCAGAUGUGCGGGUACACCGAAGCAGAAAAUCUCCUCCGUUUGCAACGCAGUUUGAAAGGUGAAGCAAGAAAAGCAGUGAACAGUUUUUUGCUACACCCUUCGAACGUGGGUGAUAUUAUGUCGACACUAAGCACACUGUAUGGCCGUCCCGAUAUCAUCAUUAACACGCUGUUAAACGAUGUCAGGAGUACCCCCACGCCGAAACCAGAAAAACUUGAUUCUCUGCAAAUGCAUUUGGCCAACCCGAUUCUGCUCCAAGAGCUGGUCGACAAACUGCCGGCCAAUAUCAAAUUGGGGUGGGCGAUGCAUAAGCAGUCAAUAGCGGUAGCAGAUCUUCGAGCGUUUGCAAAUUACAUGAACGUCAUCAUCAGUGCAGCUAGCAGUGUAUCGAGUGGGGUUACAGAAAGUACCAAGGCGGACCGACAGAAAGGGAAGGCGUUCGUCAAUUCCGUUCGUUCGGAAUCUUGUGGUCGGAAUGAUCAACGUCAUCCCGAAAAGGUCACUGGUAGGGGUAAAAGUGUGAUGGAUUCAAAGUCAACGGAUCCUCCUAAAGUGCGUCCCUGUGCAGUGUGUCAAGUACAUGGGCACAAACCAAAAGAAUGUCCGAUCUUCAAGGCGAAAACACUUGGUGAACGCUGGAAGGCCGUGCAAGAUGCACAUCUGUGCAAACGUUGUCUAUACCCUCAUGGAAAGUGGCCAUGCAAGGCUGCUGGUUGUGGGACAAAUGGAUGCCAACAAAAUCACCACAAAUACCUCCAUCCCGGCAAUCCAAACGUCGGAAAUGGCUCGAGUGAGAAUGUAUCAAAUUCGACUACAGGGGUAGUAACGGUGCAUCAACAUAUGCAGCACAGAGUCCUGUUUCGCGUCAUUCCGGUCAGUCUUCACGCCAAUGGGAAAUCGGUGCAUACCUUUGCCUUCUUGGAUGGCGGUUCGGAUUCAACGUUAUUAGAAGACUCCAUUGCCAAGAAACUUGGGGUCACUGGAGCUGUGUUUCCUCUCUGUAUGCAGUGGACUAAUGGUGUGAGGCGUACUGAAGAAGAAUCAAGAAGAGUGAUGCUGGAGAUUUCCGGUAACAACGGCAAUCGUUUUAUGAUGAAAGAUGUCCACACUGUCUCUAGUUUAGAUCUGCCACGACAAACAAUUGACUUCGAAGAACUUCAAACAAAAUUCCCUUAUUUGAAAGAAAUCCCAAUCGCAAGUUAUGAUGAUGCUACUCCGGGAAUAUUAAUUGGACUGGACAACACCAAGCUGAAGACGACGUUGAAGCUUCGUGAAGGAAGCGGAAGUCAACCUGUGGCGGCGAAAACUCGUCUAGGAUGGCUGCUGUACGGAAGGUCUGGAGAAUCGGAUUUAAAACUGGUCCACCGAGUACUGCACGCAUGCAAUCGGUCAACGAAUGAAGACCUUCAUGAGCUCGUCAAAUCGUUUUUCACUGUCGAAGGUUCUGGUGUAGAAUCUAACGAAAUGGUAGAAUCACCUAGCGAAAAACGGGCACGGAAAAUAUUGGAGGAUACCACGGUUCGGACCGAGUCGGGAAAGUUUCAAACAGGGCUGUUGUGGAGGUACGACUUGGUGGAGUUUCCGGACAGCAAACCAAUGGCGGAGCGGAGGUUGCAGUGCCUUGAAAGACGACUAUCAAAGGACCCAACGUUGUACGACAAGGUGAGGGAACAAAUUGAUGACUAUCUGUCCAAGGGUUACACCCAUAAAGCAACAGAAUGGGAGUUGAAAGAGACCGUGCAAAAUCAGACAUGGUAUCUACCAUUGGGUGUAGUAGUAAACCCUAAAAAGCCGGAAAAGGUUCGAGUUGUCUGGGACGCUGCAGCAACGGUAAAAGGAGUUUCGCUGAAUUCCGUUCUGCUGAAAGGGCCGGAUUUUCUACAGUCCUUACCAACGGUACUUUGUCGAUUUAGACAGAGGGAGGUGGCCAUCAAUGCGGAUAUCAAGGAGAUGUUCCACCAAGUGAUUAUCAGACCGGAGGAUCGUCAGGCACAACGAUUUCUGUGGCGGAAAAAUCCGUCGGAGCAAACGGAAGUGUUUGUUAUGGACGUCGCCAUAUUUGGAGCUACGUGCUCCCCAAGUUCUGCGCAGUUUGCGAAGAAUAGAAAUGCAGUUGAAUUGUCCAGAGAGUUUCCUCGAGCUGCAACCGCGGUUUUGGAGAACCACUAUGUGGACGACUAUCUCGAUAGUGUCGAUAGCGUCUACGAGGCAGUGGAGCUUGCAAGAGAAGUCAAAACGUUACAUCAAUACGCCGGGUUUGAACUCCGACACUGGUUGUCCAAUAGUGUGGAUGUGUUGAAGCAAAUCGGAGAAAAACCGUCAGAAACUCCGAAAAAUUUCAUGAUGGGCAAGGACGUUGGGACUGAGAGAGUAUUGGGGUUGAGUUGGUUGCCGCACGAAGACAUCUUUACGUUCGCAAUACAGUUCCGCGAAAAUCUGAAGAGGUUGCUGGACGGGAAUACGUAUCCCACCAAAAGAGAGUUGUUGAGCCUGGUUAUGAGUAUUUUCGACCCUCUUGGAUUGGUAGCUAACUUUGUGAUACACGGAAAAAUUCUUGUUCAAGAAGUUUGGAGAUCCGGCAGCACUUGGGACGACAAAAUUCCAGAGUUACUGUUUGCGUCGUGGAGUCGUUGGGUACGGGCACUACACAGCCUGGAGCAACGUCCAAAACCAAAGUGGCGCCCCUUAAGCAACUGUCAGUGCCAAGGCUUGAGCUCCAAGCAGCUGUAA